GCGCCCGCCGCUUUGCAAUCAGCUUCAUAUACUGCAGUAGUGGCUGUAGUGGAAGCUGGCUGAUUGCGGCGCACGUCCCUGAAUCUGACGCUCCUCGCUUGCCGCGGAGUUCCUUGAGUCCGGCGUGCAUUUUGUCCUGCCCCAAGAUCGCUCCAUCCUCUGUCCCCUAGCCUCUCACCCAGCUUCCGAAGCUCCGGACUUGGACGUCUGCUGAACGAAAUGGUCACAGCUAUGAAUGUCUCGGACGAAAUAGACCAGCUGUUCCAGCCUUACAACUUCGAGCUGUUCCAGGACAUGAGGCCCUUUUUGGAGGAAUACUGGGCAACCUCAUUCCCCAUAGCUCUGGUCUACCUGCUGCUCAUCUUUGUGGGGCAGAACUACAUGAAGGCACGGAAGGGCUUCAACCUACAGGGGCCUCUGAUCCUUUGGUCCUUCUGCCUUGCAAUCUUCAGUAUCCUGGGGGCAGUGAGAACGUGGGGCUAUAUGGGGACCGUGCUACUUAGGGGCAGCCUAAAGCACACUGUUUGCUUCUCCGUCUUCAUCCAAAAUUCCGUAAUCAAAUUCUGGUCCUGCCUCUUUCUUCUCAGCAAGGUCAUUGAACUUGGAGACACGGCCUUCAUCAUCCUGCGUAAGCGGCCACUCAUCUUUGUACACUGGUACCACCACAGCACAGUGCUAGUGUACACGAGCUUUGGAUACAAGAACAAGGUGGCUGCAGGAGGCUGGUUCAUGACCAUGAACUACGGUGUGCAUGCCAUCAUGUACAUCUACUACACUCUGAAGGCUGCCAAAGUGAAGUCCCCCACGUGGUUACCUAAGCUCAUCACCAGCCUGCAGAUCCUGCAGAUGUUUAUGGGAGCCAUUGUCGGCAUCCUAAGUUACAUCUGGAGACAAGAACAGGGAUGCCACACCACAACGGAACACUUCUUCUGGUCCCUCGUUUUGUACACGACCUAUUUCAUUCUCUUUGCCCAUUACUUCCACCACACCUACAUAACGCCCAAGGCCAAAGCCAAGACCAAGAGUCAGUGAAGGGCUGGAGAAAAAGGAGCCCCAGUCUCUCUCCCCACCAAGGCACUGAGGGGCUGAGCUUAGGUUUGGGAGAAUGAUUGGGAUGCCUUUCCUGCAUGGUUUUCCCCAUGGGAUGUGUGCCCCAAGGUGGCAGGAAGUUAUGUCAGACAAGAAGUGUCAGCCCUGGGAUGGGGUGCAAUCUAGUACUUUGAUGUUUCCAUUUUUAAUGUGAAGGCCAAGCAGGUCCUAGGUUGGGGGUAGGACUGAAGAGGAUCCCCAGAACGGAGUUAUUUAUAUUUCUAUCCAGAAAUCUUCUUCUUGCUCUAUUUUUUAAUUAAAGAUUUCAACACGA